AGGUCAAGGGAAUCUGUUUUAUGCUUUGUAUUGAGAAUGAAGGUUGGUGUGGCUCCAGCAUUAGCUCUUUUUUUUUUGGUUCUCGUGGUUAUCACGGUUAGGUAUCCAGACACAGGGGACUCGGCUGCACAACUUGAGCGAUCAUGCAAAGUCUCGCGAGGUAAAAAAGCGGAACUCAGAGCCGCAUCAGAAGCUGCUUUGUCGCGUAACUGUUUGUCACCUACCAAACUAUUCUUACUAAGACUCUCAAGAACGGGCUGA